AUGGGGCGCAAGUAUAAUGAGAAGCAACGAAUCAAAUACACGGUGGGUUUACAUAAAAUACACAGCCUCCAAAGAAAAUCAGGGUUGUAUGAGAACUACACUCUCUUUGCCUGCGGUUCACCAAACAUAACUUACAAGCAGCUGUGUGUAUGUGGUAAGCAGGCUACUACAAUGCACAGCUCAAACGGAGCUGUGGCGCUAGUCUUGCGCCCUUCGGCUCUCGACGAGGACGUAAUGAAGGAGGCGUCCGCGACGGCGGCGGCAGCGGCGGCGGCGGCGCCUGCUGGAGGGGAAUAACGCGUGAAGCUGAAAGAAGAGGGGCGUCACUUAAUGGCCCUUGUGCGGCUAAUGGAGAACGUGAGGCGAAUUGAGCGGGCGGCGGGG